UAGCGGACAACGAGAUGACCAACAUGCGGAUAAACUGUACUUUACUAUAAAACGGACUUUAUAAUGAACUUUUACCAGCUGGCUGUUUUCCUGGGAGCAUCAUUGUGUGUGUGCGAUGGUGUCCAUGUCAUAGUGCGAGAGAAGCAGCGGUUUGCGAUGCUCUUCCAGUCCGUGGUCCUCCCAUGUCAGUACCAAACGGCCUCCACCCAGACCCCGGUGGUGCAGUGGUGGUACAAGUCCUACUGCAGAGACCGCACUCGAGAGUCCUUCACCCUGCCGGAGACUCUGGCCAUCCAGACCUCCGAGAUGGGAGCCACGUCCCACCUGGAGUGUUCCGACAGCAGCCGCACAGUCCGGGUUGUGGCCUCGGCGCAGGGAGCCUCCAUGACGCUGGCUGAGCACUACAAAGGCAGAGACAUCUCCAUCAUAAACAAAGCAGACCUGAGGAUCGGGGAGCUGCAGUGGGGCGACAGUGGAGUGUACUUCUGUAAAGUCAUUAUUGCUAACGACCUGGAGGGGGUGAACGAAGGCCAGCUGGAGUUACUUGUGCUAGGCAGGACAGGUGAGCGGGACGAUAUCCUACCUGAGUUUGAUGUGGAGAUUAUGCCAGAGUGGGCGUUUGUGGGAUCUGUAGUCCUGGGCAGCAUCUUGUUCCUGUUGUUGUUGGGGAUCUGCUGGUGCCAGUGUUGUCCCCACUCCUGCUGUUGCUACGUCCGCUGCUGCUGCUGUCCUGACACCUGCUGCUGCCCACGACACCUGUAUGAGGCAGGGAAGCUGGCAAAGAGUAGACAACCGCCCCAGGUUCCUGUUUAUCCCUACUACAUCCCUGGUGUCCCUACUGUGGUCCCUCUUGCCCCAUCAUCCCUUGUGGACCCAAAAAUCCCCUCUAUACCCUCAGUGGAGAAUAACCUGGCUGGAGUGCACAGUGGUUAUCGACUGAAAGCCAGUCCAGACAAGGACUCAAUGAAAGUUCUGUACUACAUAGAGAAGGAGCUGGCUCAGCUUCCCUCUGCCAAGAUGGCUGCACUCAAACCCAGUAGCCUGUCAGAGCUGAGCUCUCUGCAUGAUGGAGGGACUACAGACUUCAGACACACCUAUCAGACGGUCCAGAUGAAGGCGCUCCCGCCCAUCGCAGAUCUAGAUGACCAGUCGGUGGUGAGAGCAGCUCCACCUACACAGAGUCGGAGGCCCAGACGGGACAGGGGACACCUCUCAGACGAUGAACUAGACAGAAGGUGGAACCCUCGCUCAGAGCACCUGAAGAGAAAGACGCUGAGCAGAAGAGGGCGCACCGGCUCCCUGGACGAGCUGGAGGAAUUUGCCCGCUCUUACGGCUCCCGCGUUCGACGGGCUGAGCCUCCAGACCGGUUCUAUGGUCGGGAUUAUAGCCCUCCAAGGCGUUUCUACAGAGAUGAAGAUGAUGACUGGGGGCGCCGCAGCCCCUCACCUUUACCACAAAAGAGAAGGGACACAUGGGACAGUGACCGCCCCUCUCGGCCGCCCCAAAGCAGAGGAUACGAUGACGCCUUCCUCAACAAUGUGCUGGAGAGCAAGGCGAGGGGGCAGGGAGGGGACAGAGGUGCUGGGAGGAUGGACGAGGACAGUGACACUCCCUCCAAAGGCAGCUCCAGAGGAAAGGGCAGCAAUAGUUACUACAGCCGGUCGCCUAGCAACCGUCCAGAAGAGGAGGACCCUUUGCCUCCGUACUCUGAGUGGGAGGCGGAGCGGUACCGCAGGGCUGACCUGACCACAGACCGGUACCGCACUGCAGAACCUCCCAGAUCUGAGAGAUACAGGACCACUGAACCAGCCACGAGGCCUUUCUCUUACACCCGCCCCCACCAGGGAAUGUCCCAUACACUGCAGGGGGGAAGAGAGGAGAGAGACAGGAGCCGAAACCUGAGCACUGCACUGAGCAGGGACUCUCUCAUAGUGUGACAAGGUUUCCCAGCCUCCAGCCGCACAGCACUGCUAGUCCGUUCACUUUAAGCCGCCCUGUGGCUACGCAGGAGGGGAUAAGUGUUCUACCGUCAGCCUCAUGAAGUCUUACUCAUCUCACUGAAAUAACUGCACUGAAAAACAACGUUAGUGGAUGGAAAAAGGAGCGUGCAUGAAGCAGCAUGUUUCUGUUUUUACUCAAGUGCAUGACUUACACCUGUGUAUUUCUGCACGUGUGUGGUGUACAGAUGUUGUGUAUGUGUCAUGUGGAUCAGUUUUAUUUGUUGAGUUUGAUGAGUCCAGUGACUGGAUUUACUUGACACCAGUGCCAAGAUGUGUGUUUUUUUUUUUUUUAAUUAUUUGCCAAUUUCAGACUGGACUUUUGUAAACUAAGCAGGACUCCACAGUUGUUUUAUUUCCCUACAGUCUUCAUACUCAGUACACUGCAACUCAGGUUCACUUUGUAUGUGUGUGUUUGUCUGUUGUUGAUAUUGUGCUGUGUGUAAGUACUGUACCUUGAAUUUGCUCUGCAGAUUUUAAUUGCACUGCUUAAAUACUUUUUGAAUAAAGAAAACACUGCUGAA